CCAGGAGACUCAGGAGUCAGACUGCUCUCUGCUGGACUGGAGGAUCCACACUGCAGACUGGAGAAACUCAAUGUGGAACAUGGUGGAGAGAACACAAUGAAACCUGGGCUUAGAAAAUAUGUCUGUGAUCUCACACUGGACCCAAACACAGUAAACAGACUCCUCUCUCUGUCUGAGGAGAACAAAAAGGUGACAUGGGGGAGAGAGGUGCAGCCGUAUCCUGAUCACCAAGAGAGAUUUAAGGACUGGGACCAGGUGCUGUGUAGAGAGGGUCUGACUGGGCGCUGUUACUGGGAGGUAGAGUGGAGUGGGAGAAGGGCUGUUAUAGGAGUGACAUAUAAAGGAAUCAGCAGGAGAGGAAGGGGUAAGGACUGUGUUAUUGGAUACAAUGACAAGUCCUGGAGUCUGUUCUGCUCUGACGACAGUUACACUGCCUGGCACAAUAAUAAUUCCACUACCAUAGACGUCCCCUCCUCCAGCUCCCACAGAGUAGGAGUGUAUCUGGACUGGCCAGCCGGCACUCUGUCCUUCUACAGAGUCUCCAAUGACAAGCUGACCCACCUGAUCAGUUUCACCUCCACAUUCACUGAGCCCCUCUAUCCAGGGUUUAAUGUUUGUUUUGAUGACUCCUCAGUGUCUCUGUGUCAGGUGGUCCCUGUGUCAAACACAACAUGAUGUUUCACUCUAAUCAGGGUCAUGUUCAGUAAGACACACUGGAGCAACAAUGUAGAUUAUCUCUCUAGUCAUGUUCAGUAAGACACACUGGAGCAACAAUGUAGAAUAUCUCUCUAGUCAUGUUCAGUAAGACACACUGGAGCAACAAUGUAGAAUAUCUCUCUAGUCAUGUUCAGUAAGACACACUGGAGCAACAAUGUAGAAUAUCUCUCUAGUCAUGUUCAGUAAGACACACUGGAGCAACAAUGUAGAAUAUCUCUCUAGUCAUGUUCAGUAAGACACACUGGAGCAACAAUGUAGAAUAUCUCUCUAGUCAUGUUCAGUAAGACACACUGGAGCAACAAUGUAGAAUAUCUCUCUAGUCAUGUUUAGUUAGACACACUGGAGCAACAAUGUAGAAUAUCUCUCUAGUGUGUAAACCCCUCUAUCCAGGGUGUUUGGUAAUAAUAUCUCUGUAGUGUUUAAACCCCUCUAUCCAGUGUGUUUGGUAAUAAUAUCUCUCUAGUGUGUAAACCCCUCUAUCCAGGGUGUUAUGUUUGGUAUGACUCCUCUUCAGUGUCCCUGUGUCAGGUGGUCCCUGUGUCAGGUGGUCAGGUGGUCCCUGUGUCAGGUGGUCAGGUGGUCCCUGUGUCAGGUGGUCAGGUGGUCCCUGUGUCAGGUGGUCCCUGUGUCAGGUGGUCAGGUGGUCCCUGUGUCAGGUGGUCAGGUGGUCCCUGUGUCAGGUGGUCCCUGUGUCAGGUGGUCCCUGUGUCAGGUGGUCAGGUGGUCCCUGGGUCAGGUGGUCAGGUGGUCCCUGUGUCAGGUGGUCCCUGUGUCAGGUGGUCAGGUGGUCCCUGUGUCAGGUGGUCCCUGUGUCAGGUGGUCAGGUGGUCCCUGUGUCAGGUGGUCCCUGUGUCAGGUGGUCCCUGUGUCAGGUGGUCAGGUGGUCCCUGUGUCAGGUGGUCCCUGUGUCAGGUGGUCUCUGUGUCAGGUGGUCCCUUUGUCAGGUGGUCAGGUGGUCCCUGUGUCAGGUGGUCUCUGUGUCAGGUGGUCCCUGUGUCAGGUGGUCCCUGUGUCAGGUGGUCCCUGUGUCAGGUGGUCCCUUUGUCAGGUGGUCCCUGUGUCAGGUGGUCUCUGUGUCAGGUGGUCCCUGUGUCAGGUGGUCUCUGAGUCAGGUGGUCUCUGUGUCAGGUGGUCUCUGUGUCAGGUGGUCCCUGUGUCAGGUGGUCCCUGUGUCAGGUGGUCUCUGUGUCAGGUGGUCAGGUGGUCCCUGUGUCAGGUGGUCUCUGUGUCAGGUGGUCAGGUGGUCCCUGAGUCAGGUGGUCCCUGUGUCAGGUGGUCUCUGUGUCAGGUGGUCCCUGUGUCAGGUGGUCAGGUGGUCCCUGUGUCAAACACAACAUGAUGAUUCACUCUAUUUUCUUAUGUUUUUAUUGAACCUUUAUUUAACUAGGCAAGUCAGUUAAGAACAAAUGCUUAAUUUACAAUGACGGCUUACCCCGGCUAAACCCUCCCCUAACCCGGACGAUGCUGGGCCAAUUGUGUUGCCGCCCUAUGGGACUCCCGAUCAUUAUUGUAUUGGUUGUGAUACAGCCUGGAAACGAACCUUUAGGGCUGUAGAGACGCCUCUAUAAGCUCUGUAUUUAGUUCCUUUUUAUUUCCAUGGUAACAGAAUGUAUCUCUCUCUUGAUGUAGCCAUUGUUUUUUAUUUCCAUGGUAACAGAAUGUAUCUCUCUCUCUCUUGAUGUAGCCAUUGUUUUUUAUUUCCAUGGUAACAGAAUGUAUCUCUCUCUCUUGAUGUAACCAUUGUUUUUUAUUUCCAUGGUAACAGAAUGUAUCUAUCUCUCGAUGUAGCCAUUGUUUUCUCUGGUCUAUUGACUGUUCCCUACAAUGUAAUGACCUUGUAUAAAAUGUUUUUUGUUUUUUUAGGGAGUAGAUCAGCUUUAAUAUUGCAGAUAGAUUGUAGCUUCCAUCAAUGUAAUUGUCUGCAUCACUUCCAAUCCCCCAUAUAUUAUUGUAUAUAUAUACAGUUUAUAUACAAAUUCUUAUUUUACAAUGAAGGCCUACCCCGGCCAAACCCUCCCCUAACCCGGACGACGCUGUGCCAAUUGUGUGUCGUCCUAUGGGACAAUAUUUGUUGUAUUAUAUACACAUACAUACAUAUAAAUACAUAUAUAUACUGUCACGGCUCCUCCUCUGCAGUGCAGGGGCGGUUCCUCCUGCAGGCAGAGGAGGGUCAUUAGUGAUUGGAGCCACCUGGGCUCAGGGUAUAAAACUGCUCCACUAACUUCUCUCUCUCCCUGCUCCUCCAGGUAUGAUCCUGUUUUGUUUGUUCCUUUGUUGGUUUAUUUAGUUUCCACUCAGUCAUGUUCACACACACAUAUUCACGCGUCCAUGCACCCUACAUACACCUUACAUUAUGACAUUUCCACACCUCAUUCAUUUUUCUUUGUUUAGAGUUAAUAGUUUUGUUUUACAAUAAAGAACCUUUUGAAUUGGCCUAUA